AUGGCAAAUUCAAAGUACGAAUAUGUCAAAGCCUUCGAGCAACCAGACAUCUUGCUCCCAAAUACAUGGAUUGUUGUCCGAAUUGACGGACGGGGGUUUCACAAACUAUCCGAUCGAUAUGCAUUCCAGAAACCGAAUGACCGGCGCGCACUGGAUCUGAUGAAUGCCGCUGCUGUAGAGGUCUUGAAGGAUCUUCCAGAUCUGGCGAUCGCUUAUGGCGUUAGUGAUGAGUAUAGUUUUGUCUUUCAUCCUACGUGUGAGCUUUUUGAGAGGCGGGGCGCGAAACUGGUGACAACCAUUGUUUCAACGUUCACAGCACAUUAUAUCUUCCUAUGGAGUAAAUACUUCGUAGAUACGCCGCUGCAGUCGCCUCAUCUUCCAUCGUUUGAUGGGAGGGCGGUAAUGUAUCCGGCAACCCAGAAUUUGCGAGAUUAUAUGAGUUGGAGGCAGGUUGAUUGUCAUAUUAAUAACCUCUACAAUACGACGUUCUGGAUGAUGGUUCUCCGGGGCGGGAUGAGCAAUACUGACGCUGAGGAGGAGUUGAAGGGAACCGUGUCGGCGGACAAGAACGAGAUUCUUUUCAAGAGGUUUGGAAUCAAUUAUAACAAUGAAGAAGAGGUUUAUAAGAAAGGGAGUGUGGUUUAUCGGCAGUACCAACUCGAGGACAGCAAGACAGGGUCAGAUUCCAAGGCACAGAGUCAAGCAGAUGCGCAAGCCAAUGCCUCAAAAACGCAGCAGGAGAAACUCCGCAAGCUACGGCGAAAAGCACAGGUCGUGGUUGAGCAUGUGGACAUCAUCAAGGACGAGUUCUGGGAACGAAGACCGUGGAUUCUAUCGGGGAAGCCAGGGAAGUUGCCAGCAGAGGCUUAA